AUGACGCUCAUGAAGCUGGGGCACAGCUUCCCGAAGGCGGAGCCGGCUCCGCUGGCGCGGCCGCCACUGCUGAAGCCUGCGUCGCUGCAGCUGGUGGCGAGCGCGCCGCCGCUGUCCGCCUACGCCACGCUCGUCGUCCAGCGGCGCGGGCCGCCCCCGCUCAUGUUCAAGUUCGUCCCGCCGUCCAAGUCGAACUUCGAAGUAAAGCCACAGCAAGGGAUUAUAGAGACCAAGUUUCAAAUUGUUGUGGUGCAGCUUAUACCCUCCCCAUGCAAAGAAUUCUAUAUGGAGUCGUGGCGAUUACAGCUGAACGGCUCUGACCAGAACGAGGUUCCAGUGGUCAUGGUAGGCCAGGCGGAGUACCCUGCUGUGGAGGUGGGCGUUAAGAACGUGGUAUCGCUGCCACCUACGUUCCCAGGCUGCCUGCAGAUACUGCGCGUGCCGCUCAGGAACUUCACCAGGCAGGGCGUCAGAUAUUACCUGUGCGUGCUGAACAACGUGCAGACGGUAAAGGUGGACGACCCUUACGGUAGCAUCGCCUCGAAUGAAGUAUUGUACACGACAUGGCACUUCCGGCCGCCGGUGCAGGGCUACUACAAGGUGGCCCUGAUGUGCGAGGUGACAGCUGUCGACAGCCAGGGCACAGCCCUCAGCUGCAAGACCGAGACACCCGUCAUGGCGCACGGAGUCAUCGACCUCACUUACCUCACGUUGCAAGUGCCGUGUUUCUGCGUGGCGCAGGCGUAUCCGGACGUGCUGUCGCUGGGCACGCUUUCGUGGGGGUCGCAAGGUUGUGACAGCCUGCUGCUGUUCAACCCGGGCCGCGCGCCCAUCCACUUCGCUCUGCGCAUGACUGCGCGCUCGGCGCUCACCGUCUCCUCUGACGUCACCCUCACGCCUACCAUCGGUACUCUGGAGGCGGGAGCCCGCCUCUCCAUACAGGUGGUGGUGCGUCCACGGGAGACGGGCCUGCACGUGUUGGAGGUGAGCUAUCGCGUCCGUCGGGGCCCCGACCCACAGGAGCCGCUGCUGGCCAUGCAGGACCAGCCGCUCAGCAAGAUCACCUACUACUGCGAGGUCCCCACCAUCAAGGUAGUGGACAUCCGUGCUGUGGACCCUGGGCCGCUCUACAGCAAAGCUUGUCUCUGGGACUUGCUCGGACUCGAUGAGCUGUGCGAGGUGCUGCGGCGCGGCGAGCCGUGCAGCGUGCAGCAGGUGGACUUGCGGCUGCCCGAGACGCUGGUGGGCAGCGCGCCGCUGCGGCUGGGCUUGCUACUGCGCGGCGCGGGGCGGCUGCCCGCCGCGUGGCGCCUGCGCCGCUGCAAGAUCUGCGACUGCCAGUCCGACAGCGUCAGCGCCGGCAUCUCGCGUAGGCGCAAAGUGCUCCGCUGCCCGCACCGCCACCUACUCGAUCUGCAGCCCCGCGCUGGAUGCCUCACGGUGCAGCAGCAGCAGGUGCUGGCAGUGGAGGUGUGCUACGAGCUGGAAGGCACCACAGAGCUGGUGUGGGAGCUGUCGCUGCCCGCGGGCCGCUCCGUGGUGCUGCGCUGGAGACUCGUCGCACUGCCUCGUCUCGCGGCGAUGCCCACCCUCUACCGCGACGCCUGCUGCUUGGGCCACGUCUACGUAGGGGACCUCAGUCCAGUCGCCCAGGUGGUGUGGCUAUACAACGCGACAAGCAUGAAGGCGGAGUACAAUGUGGACGUGGAGCCGCUGGAGACGCUGGGCCAGCAGCAGGGCUGCCAACUGCUAUCCUGCCUCAACCCCAGAGGGCUGCUGCCUCCCUUCACUCCUUGGCCGCUGCUCUUCCGCCUCGCGCCCACUCAGCUACGCUACUACAGUGAGACUGUGGAGGUGAUGCUGGGGAGCGGAGAAGACGCGAGACGGUGCCUGCUGACGGCGAGCGGGGAGGGCGUGGUGUCGCUCGGUGGCGCCCGCCCUCACAGCCUGGCGCCCGCCUGCUACCUCUUCGACCAGCGGGAGGCCGCGCCCCUGCCGCCGCCCUCGCCCCAUGCACUGCCACCGGCAGCGCCCGCGCCGCCAGUCCGCCUGUCCGCGGACCUCAUCACGCUGCACGCCCUCCCCACCUACGCCACCGCUCACCGCAUCUUCUUCAUCAACAACACCACCUCCGACACCAUCUACUCCUACAAGUGGCAACAGUGA